CUGUCUCCUCUUCCUCAGAAGAGCUAAAUAAGCCAUGGUUUCUUUUGUGGGUUCAGCUCCCCUCAGCUUCUGCAUCCGCGAUAAUGGCGCUUCUUCUUCUUCUUCUUCAACAUGUUACUCCACUGCGAGGAAACCAUCCAAUUCGUAUUGUUCUUUUAGUUUCAGUAGAAAGGAAUUCAAUAGAAGAAUGGUUUCUGCUUGUGUGGCGCCUCCUCAAGAGGCAAAUGAAUUUUAUUCUUCUAAUUUCAAUGGUUCAAUUAAACAUGAGAAGCUGAGCUUGGUAGGGGAGCCUGGUGAUGGGUCUGACGUGCUGAUUGAGUGCAGAAAUAUAUACAAGUCAUUUGGAGAAAAGCAUAUUUUAAGAGGUGUGAGCUUCAAGAUACGGCUUGGAGAGGCUGUUGGAAUAAUUGGGCCUUCAGGAACUGGGAAAUCUACAAUCCUAAAAAUAAUGGCAGGGCUUCUUGCUCCAGAUAAGGGCGAGGUGUUAAUCCGAGGUAGAAGACGCCAUGGACUUAUCAGCGACGAGGAAAUAUCUGGUCUCCAGAUUGGCUUAGUGUUUCAGAGUGCAGCACUUUUUGACUCCUUGACAGUUCGAGAAAAUGUUGGUUUCCUUUUGUAUGAGAAUUCUACUAUGCCCGAGGAUAAAAUUUCUCAGCUAGUGGCUGAGACCUUAGCUGCUGUUGGGUUGAAGGGUGUAGAAAACCGGCUACCUGCUGAAUUGUCUGGUGGAAUGAAGAAAAGAGUUGCUCUUGCUCGUUCUAUAAUUUUUGAUACAACAAAGAACAUUGUUGAGCCAGAGGUGCUUUUAUAUGAUGAACCAACAGCUGGACUUGAUCCGAUUGCUUCAACUGUUGUGGAAGAUCUGAUCCGAUCCGUUCAUAUGAAAGGUGAGGAUGCCCUUGGGACGCCUGGGAAGAUUGCAUCCUAUGUUGUGGUCACUCAUCAACACAGUACCAUUAGAAGAGCAGUAGACAGGUUUUGAUUUCUUUCUCCUUCAUUCUUUCUUUGAAAUAUUGGUUGUUGGAUUUGGUUCUUGUUCGGUGUCUCAGGAACUCGCCCCACGGUUAGAGUAUAAAAAACAUUCCAAGACCUCCAACCACAAGCUUGAGCUUGUGGUUAAAUUGGUUUCUUGACAUGGUAUCACAGUCUUCCAUGCUCAGAGGUCAGGAGUUCAAAUCUCACUGUCACGGCACCCACUUAAGUUUUUUUAACAUCCACGCGCAAAGCUCGAAUAAACCCUAUUGUUAAAAAAAUGAAAAGUGUAUUAUGAUCUCUGGCUCAAAAAGGAAAGGGUAUGCGUAGGCUAUUGUUUCUUCACGAAGGAAGGGUUGUUUGGCAAGGAAUGACUCACGAGUUCUCUUCAUCAACAAACCCUAUUGUUCAACAGUUUGCAUCGGGGAGCUUAGAUGGACCAAUCAAAUACCAUUAGCCACUCUGAAAAACCAUAGACUAUCUUAUCGUUGAUGUUGCUUGAAUCCACACUUUUGCAAAUAUCACCACCAUACCUUGUGAAGAGUUAGUUCAUUACACAAGAAGAAGAUGAAGAAGAAGAGGUACAUGUUUUUUUUGUAGUCAUGGUGAUGAAUCAUUUCGUCUUCGUGCUACCAUUUAUCAAACUGUCAGAAUGUAUGUUUGGUAAAUAGCGCAUUUGUUUAGUUGUUAUGCCCGAAACUUUAAAAGCGUGCAACAAGCUUAUCCUUAAGACCGGAUUUCCAACAUUCUCUUUUGCAACUACAAGAGAUGAGAGAACUCUAAUAGAGUUUAUUUUAGCAA